AUGGUUCUAUCAGACGAUAUCCAUCAUCCGUCGACUCGAGCAAUCCAUGCGGAUGAUGCAUUGAAUUUGGUGGACGAUGUUGCACCGCCAAUCCAUCUGUCCACCACGUUCAGAUUCCCCGAUGACCCAAAGCAAUUGGUCCCUAGUGAAGACCCCAUUAUAGAUAAAAGGGACAAGAUAACUUAUACAUAUCCAGGCCGACUUCAACGGCAAAAACUAUGUAUACUCUCGCGUAUUUGCGCCAAACCAACGCGCUUCGAAGCCAUCUUGUCAUCCCUCCUAAAUGCCCCCGCAGUGGCCUAUUCCACUGGCCUGGCAGCUCUGCACGCUGCACUGGUCCUCCUGAACCCGCGCCACAUAUCAGUGGGCGACGGGUACCACGGCAGCCAUGAAGUGAUUGCUGUUAUUUCCCGUCUCUCCGGGCUCCAGAAACUGGCCCUCGACUGCCCGGCCAAGAGCUUGGAGGUGGGGGAUGUGAUUUUGCUCGAAACACCCGUUAACCCGCUGGGCACGGCUUUCAAUAUUGAAGAGUAUGCUAAGAAGGCGCAUGAGCGCGGUGCUUAUCUUAUUGUAGACAGCACGUUUGCGCCGCCGGGGCUGCAGGAUCCGUUCCUGUGGGGCGCGGAUAUUGUGAUGCAUUCUGGCACAAAGUAUUUGGGCGGGCAUAGUGACCUUCUCUGUGGCGUGCUGGCGACCAAGAAUGCAGAGUGGGUAAAGCGGCUCUUUGAAGAUCGCGCGGCCAUGGGUAGUGUUUUGGGAAACCUGGAAGGUUGGUUGGGCGUUCGAAGCCUGCGGACGCUGGAGGUUCGUGUGCAGCGAGCCAGCCAGAGUUGCGCGGAGUUGGUAUCAUGGCUCCAUGGCGCGUCGAAGAAACGAAAUACACCGCAAACCGAGGACGAUGAGGACAUUUUUGUCCGGGCUGUUGUUGAGAAGAUAUAUCACGCCAGUCUACAGAAGGAUGAACCGUGGUUGCAGCGGCAGAUGCCGAACGGCUUCGGGCCUGUAUUCUCCAUCGUGCUGCGGACUCCAUACUUUGCUCGGAGGUUACCCAGCAAGCUCAAACUAUUCCACCAUGCCACUAGCCUUGGUGGAGUGGAAUCUUUGAUUGAGUGGCGUGCAAUGUCGGAUCCUAGGGUUGACAGGGGGCUGCUGAGGAUCAGUGUUGGUUUAGAGAAUUGGGUGGAUUUGAAGAACGAUUUGCUGCAGGCGUUUAUAUCAACCAUUACGGAGCUAUAA